CCCCGUGCACCCCCCGUGCACCCGUCUGUAGUGUGGGCCUUUCUCCAGUCCCGGGACCUGUGCGCGCGCCCUGGAGCUGUCCCAUGGCGGUGCGGUCCGAGUUGGACUUACCGGAGUCAGGUGAAUGAGGCUCGUAACUGACCCACGACGGGACACGGCUGAAGGAGCGCCCAAACCGCCAUGCCGCCCAAGAAAAAGGGAGAGCGUCAGGAUUUGGACGGUGCUGAGGAAAGAAAUGCUCAGGUGCAGCUCGACAAGGCCAAGUACAAGCCUGUUGCAUUUGCGGUCCGCUGCAACUUCUCCUACACCCCCGCGGAUGACGAUAAUGUCCCAGUCCCAGGACAAGCCGUUACUUUUGAGGCCAGAGACUUCCUCCACAUCAAAGAGAAGUUUAGCAAUGAGUGGUGGAUCGGGCGUCCGGUAAAGGAAGAUGGAGUUGUGGGUUUUAUUCCCAGUCCUGUGAAUUUGGAGACCAUCCUGAUCAGACGAGAAGUACAGGCCAGGAAAGCUGCCAAGGCCUUAGCCAAUAAAGCCGCCGCUCAAGCAGCUCAAGAUAUGAAUUCAAAGAAGUACACCCCUCCUUCACAAGCACAACAGCAAGUGAAAAAGAAGCCAGGGGAGCACGUGGCCAUGUACGAUGUAGUGCCUACAAUGCGUCCAGUUAUUCUUAUGGGGCCAUCACUCAAAGGCUUAGAUGUGACAGAUAUGAUGCAAAAAGCACUGUUUGAUUAUUUAAAGCACCGAUUUGAAGGCAGAAUAACAAUCACGCGGGUCACAGCGGACAUUUCUUUGGCAAAAAGAUCCAUCCUCAACAAUCCUGGGAAAAAGGCCUUAAUCGACCGAUCCAAUACUCGCUCCAAUUUAGCUCAGAUCCAGGGGGAGGUGGAGCGGAUUUUUGAAUUGGCUCGCAGUAUGCAGCUAGUUGUCCUGGACGCAGACACCGUCAACCACCCGCUUCAAGUAUCCAAAACAUCAUUGGCCCCAAUCCUCGUUUACGUCAAGAUCUCCUCACCAAAGGUGUUGACCAGGCUGAUCAAAACAAGGGGGAAGUCUCAAACCAAGCACCUCAAUGUACAGUUAGUGGCUGCAGAUAAACUCGCCCAGUGCCCAUCUGAAAUGUUUGAUGUGAUCCUGGAUGAGAACCAGCUGACAGAUGCGUGUGAGCACAUUGCAGACUUCCUAGAGUCUUACUGGAGGGCCACUCACCCCCCUGAGAUGGAGCCGGCUAACGCACUGGUGGCUACGCUCGCUGAGAAUACCUUGCCCACCUGCCCCACUGUCAUACCGGAUGAGCAGAAAAACAAGAAACCUGUGGCCUCUAAGAGGAAGGGGUCCCGGGACCAGCACUCGGAGCAGGACAGCGCUCCAUCAGCCUCUGCAGCUCCUCAACAUAACCCAAAACAUGAGCCCACCCACCGUCCCAGCGAGGAAGAGGAGGAGCGCCUACUGCGGUCUGAACCAAAGAGACCCUCCCACACGCACCACCAUCAUCAUCACCAUCAUCAUCACCACAAACGAACUGAUCACCAUAGCAACAGCCAAUCAACGCAACCGGGGCACUCCUCUCCCCCUGCUCCAGACUCAGCGAGGGAGCACACCCAGAGACUUCCAACUGCACGGAGACAACUACCGGAAAUUAGAGACCGAGAAUUUGAAGAGAGAUUAGAAGAGGAAUCGCACCAUCAUCAUCAUCAUCAUAAUCAUCAUCAAAAGAAUCAUUCGCGACAUCAUCAAACCCGAAAUGUCCACGCAGCGCCCCCUAGCAUGCACAGAGGGGAGGAGUACGAGCACAAUGAGAGCAAUAGGAAUCACAGAUACCGCCACCAGCAUCACUCAGGCCUGUCAUCCCGGAAACCGCACAGCACCCAAGCAACACACUAUAGCACCCAUAACCACAGCAAUUAUUACCAUGGCUACCACAACCAUGAACGGGACCACCAGCCGGAGCGUGAGAGAGACAGAGAGAGGGAGAGGUUUAAGGAUAGAGAAAGAGAGAUGAGGGAAAGGGAGGCACGGCAGUGGUGUCAAUGAUUGACUCUUUUUUUUUAACAAACCAGUGAUUUUAAAUGAUGUUGUGGUCUAUUUCAGAAGCCACCUAAAAGUAGUAAAAUGGGGCAAAUUGUGUGUUUUGGUAGGGUAAACUACCUGUCCGCUACCUGCUUGUUUCCAUGGAGUUAUUGCAUUGCCUUGGAAUGUUCCACAAUAUAGUAUUAAACUUACCUAUCUUGCAUUUGUUAAUAUAUUUCUCAACAACACCUUGACAAACAUACAUUCUUACUGUGUGUGGGCUCGCCUCUCCACAGAUCUGACCACGAGCUUGAUGGUAGUACCCGCUUGUCUCCAUGGGGAUUGAAAUUUUUAAUGCCAUAUCAUGGAACAUUCCAAGUUCCAAGUCCUAUCAUAUAUUUUAUUUUACUUUUUUUCAUUAAAAGCAGCAUUAUUCAGAAGCACUGGUUUAUUCACGUGUGCAGCUUGGGCUCUCAUUCACUAUUCACCUUAUUCUGGAAGUUGCCAUGGGCAACUCAUUAUCAUUUGGGUUGUAUUAUUUUGUAUGGGGCUACUGAUCUUGAGAGCAAAUAAGUUCAAAUAAGUAAAUUUUACACAAAUGAACCAACUUUGUCAUAUUUAAGAUGCAAAACCUUUCCCAAAUUCUCCAUUGACAUGAAUGGGAUUCCCGCUUAAAUGGAAGUGCUGCCACAAAAAAGUGUGGUUUAGGAGCGUCUAGAGACAAAAGUGGGCGCGGCGGAAUAAGGUGGAUAGGACUGACAAUGGCCAUCUUUCAUAAAACUUGUUCCAUUACCCUAAAAUAUUGUUGAAAUGAAGAAACAGGUCACAGUCUUUUGGUUAAUUACCUUUUUGCACAAACUUGAUCACAAAUAUUCCAGUUUUUAUGUAUUGUCAGGGCUGAACACUGCAUUCUUCUUAUUAUUAUUAAAAUAAUGAUUAAUUCAAAGCGCUUUGUUUUAUGCGCUUGGCCAGGUUGUCAUUGCAAAUAAGAAGGUGUUCACAAUUGACUUAUCUUGUAAAAUGUUAAAUAAACUUAAUUUUACUGAAAAAUUAAUUGAAUAAAAGUCAGGUGUCAGUUGAUAUUUUUGUUGAGAAAAUUUUACAAUUUAUUUUUAUUUUUUUUACAAAAGAACAAAAUCAGAUCAGUGUUAUUGUUAUAUUUUUUAGCCAAGUUGCAUCUUAUAAACAUUAACAAUGCACAUUCCCAAUUGUUCAUUUUGGCAUUUGUGCAAAAAGUCAUUGCAUUUGAAAUGAUAUUUAACCCUCUCAUCUUGUAUUACACACAUCCUGCCCCUCAAAUAACAUAACACUGUAAAGGUGAUUUAUUUUACACCUUAAUGAAAGUAUUUUUCUAGAUUGUAAAGGGAGGUUCAAAGGUGCUUCCUAUUUUUGUAAACAGUAUAACAGUAAAUACACAGACUUGUAUUUAUUCAAAAGCAUGACUACUUUUGGUGACUACUUUUUGGCUACAUGCUGGAUAUUCUAUGCAUUUUCUUGUGGUAAAAAUGUAUUGCUUUAUUACAAUCUCUAUGCAUCUGUACAUACGUCAUAAAUGCCUUGUUAAUCACUGUAUGCUAGUGUCGGACUUUCUAUGUGUGAUUGUAUUGAAAUGUUGAAUUGUUCUUUUAAAUUGUUCUUUUGGGUUGGUUUUGUUUUGUAUGAGAUUUAAUGGAGAAUGAUAAUUAAACUUGGCAAUGCA